UCCCUUUCGAUUUUCUUCUCUCCCAUAUUUGGGGCUUUCUCCCAAAACCUCUCCACUCUCAUCCGAUUAGGGUUUGACAGUCAUGGCGAAUCGCACCGAUCCACUGGCAAAGAGCAUUAGGGGAACGAACCCACAGAAUCUGGUGGAGAAAAUUCUCAGGUCCAAAAUAUACCAAAACACCUACUGGAAAGAACAAUGUUUCGGGUUGACAGCAGAAACCCUAGUCGACAAAGCCAUGGAACUCGAUCACCUCGGUGGUACAUUCGGCGGCAAUCGAAAACCCACACCCUUUAUAUGCCUUGUGAUGAAGAUGCUCCAAAUCCAGCCUGAAAAAGACAUAGUUGUGGAGUUCAUAAAAAACGAAGAUUACAAGUAUGUUCGUGCUCUUGGGGCUUUUUAUUUGCGGAUUACGGGUACAGAUAUCGAUAUUUAUCGAUACCUUGAGCCUCUCUACAAUGAUUAUCGGAAGCUCAGACGUAAAUUAGCUGAUGGGCAGUAUGCACUGACACACGUGGAUGAGUAUAUUGACGAGCUUCUGACGACAGAUUACUCUUGUGAUAUUGCUUUGCCUCGCAUCAAGAAAAGAUCGCAAUUGGAACAUAAUGGACAGCUGGAACCUCGGAGAAGUGCGUUGGAAGAUGACUUUGAAGAGGAAGAGGAAAAGGAUGAGGAUGAACCACUUGCCACUGGAUUAGAUGAUGAGCAUGAAAAGGAUUACUAUCGUGGGGGAAGUCCAACUAGGGAAAGAGAUCGGGAUAGAAGACGAGAUAGUCACAGAUACAGGGAUCGUGACUAUGAUAGAGAUCGAGAUUAUGAUAGAGACUAUGACAGAGAUCGUGAUUAUGACAGGGAACGUGGCAGACGUGACAGGGAUAGAGACAGGGACCGUCAUCGCCUCAGAGACGAUAAGGACUAUGGUCGAGAGAGGGAUCGAGAAAGGGACAGGGAGGCCAGAGAACGUGAUAGACGUGACCGUGAGCGUGGUCGACACAGGAGUUAUUCUAGGAGCAGAAGUAGAAGCAGAGACCGUAAAGACCGUGAUGAUGAUCGUCGUAAAAGGCAUGCUCGCGGCAGUGCUAGUCCUGCUCGGGAUGAACCCAAGAAGAAGAAGGAGAAGAAGGAGAAGAAAGAAAAGAAAGAUGAUGGAACAGAUCAUCCAGAUCCAGAGAUAGCAGAAGCCAACAGGCUUAGGGCGUCGCUUGGGUUAAAGCCUUUGAAGCUAUGACCAUGUACAUCUGCGAUUGUAGUUCUCAAUAUGUUUUGCUGAUGUGUGGUCUUUAGGCCUUGUAGCACCUUUACUUUAUUUCUUUUGCUCCUUUUUGGUGUGUACUAAUCUACUAUUGGAAGCUGCAGCUGCAGUUUUGUCUCGUAGUUCCUCUAGUAUCAUUAGCUGAUGCUACAAAGUCCCAACAAAAUAAUAUCAUUUGAGUUCUGUUGAUGAUC